ACUACUGAGAGAGGCUUGAUAUCUAUUACCUGCCUUGGUGAUAGAAAGUCCCCUGUGGCAGCCAUGAGGUGGAAAUGCGUGGGCUUGUUUUUGCUUACUUCGUUUGUUGUCACUGAAGUCCAUGCCAGACUUGUUCGCAACCAUGUCAGCAGCAUCUGCAGCACAUGGGGAAGAGAACACUUCAAGACGUUUGACGGUGACGUGUACCAGUUCUCCGGCCCUUGCGAAUACAACCUGGCCUCAGACUGCCACAUGCCCAUGCAGGAGUUCUCAGUGCACAUAAGAAGAGAGCAGAAUGAUGGGAACCCAACCGUCCGCUACGUGAUGGUCACUAUCAAUGACCUUACUUUCCACCUCACAAAGGAAGUGGUCACUGUAAACCACCAACCGGUCUCAAUGCCGUACUAUAACGGUGGCGUUCAAGUAGAAAAUAAUGCCGUCUACAUCAAGCUGCAGUCCAAAGUUGGCCUUGUCGUCAUGUGGAAUGGUGAUGAUGCGGUCAUGGUAGAGGUUGAUCAGGACUAUGCUAAUCGCACUUGUGGACUCUGUGGUGACUACAACGGUGUUCCUGUCUACAAUGAGUUGAUUUACAAUGAUCGAAUAAUUAGCCACAUCGAAUUUGGAAACAGCCAGAAAGUUCAUCAUCCAAACGAUGACUGUGAAGACCCCUUUGAGGAGUAUGGAGAACAGCUAGAAGAUGUGCCACAUGAGGAUUCUUGCGAGGAGUUUAAAACUGUCUGCCGCCAAAUGUUUUUUUCAGAGUCCUGGAGCCCCUGUACCCAACUUACUGACCCUGCGCCAUAUGUGCAGGCUUGUGUUCAGGACAUGUGCGGCUGCAACAACCGCACUAAUAACUUUUGUGUCUGCAGCACACUUUCUGAGUUCUCUCGACAGUGUUCCCACGCUGGUGGACACCCUCCCAACUGGAGGACACCGCAAUUCUGUGCCAAACAGUGCCCAUACAACAUGGUGUAUGAGGAGAGUGGUUCUCCAUGCAUGGACACGUGCACACACCUGGACACAAGUUCUCUGUGUGAAGACCACAGAAUGGACGGCUGUUUUUGUCCUCCUGGAACUGUGUUUGAUGACAUUUCCCUGAGAGGGUGCAUAGCUCAGUCCGAAUGCCAAUGCAAGCAUGGCAGAAUCUACAACUCCAGUGAGGGCUACCACCAAAACAAGGAGAUAUGUACGUGUUUUCAGGGCAGAUGGUCUUGCGAGUAUCUUGAGACAUCAGCUACAUGUGCAGUGGAGGAGGGCUCAUCUUUAACCACCUUUGAUGGGAACGCCUACACCUUCCAUGGAAAUUGUUUUUACACUCUAGCCAAGGUUGAAAGCAAGGAUGCGUCAAAUCCAAAGUUUACUAUCCAGGUCCAGUUGACGCCUUGUACAAAUCAAGAGUUUGACACUUGUCUCAAGGCCCUUAAAGUCCUGCUAAACAAUGACAGAAAUAACGUAUUGAUGUUCACUUCCGAUGGGAAAGUAAAACAGAACCAACGGACCAUGACUUUGCCAUACCAAACAGGGGACAUCAACAUUUUCCACGCCUCGUCUUUUCACAUUAUGCUCCAUACUUCUUUUGGGUUGCAAAUACAAGUACAGCAUGUGCCUCUCAUGCAAGUUUAUGUGAGGCUGGAGCAGAGUUACAAGGGAAAGACACGUGGUUUAUGUGGCAACUACAACCUCGUCUUGUCUGACGACUUUAAGACCCCUCAAGGGAUUGUUGAGGGAACGGCGACAACGUUUAGUAACACUUGGAAGGCCAACCAGAUGUGUCGAGACACAAGGGAGAGACUUGAUGACCCCUGUUUUCUUAGCAUUGAAAACGAGUUGUACGCCAAACAUUGGUGUGCCUUGCUGUUGCGUCCGAAUAGCACCUUUGAACAGUGCCAUUCAUUAGUGGAUCCUGAUGUUUACUAUAAGCGCUGCACUUAUGCCAGCUGCAACUGUGACAAGAAUGAAGCCUGCCUAUGUGCUGUCUUCUCCUCCUAUGCACGAGCUUGUGCAUCGAAGGGAGUCUUCCUGACCGAUUGGAGGGCAAAUGUUUGCGACAAGUACACAAAGAGCUGCCCAGCAUCCCAGAUCUUCUCAUACAAGCAUCAACGCUGCGAGCUGACUUGUAGAUCACUGAGUGCAAAACUGCAGACUUGCUCCUCCGACUUCCUGCCUGUAGAUGGCUGCUCCUGCGCCAAGGACGAAUACCUGGAUGAACAUGAUAUCUGCAUCCCCAAAGAGAAAUGUCCCUGUUAUCACAAUGAGGCCUAUAUCAAGCCUGGGAAGUCCAUCAACAUCAAUGACGAGCACUGUGUGUGCAGGAACGGGGUGCUUCAUUGCCGCUCUUGGAGAGCACGCUCAUCAGUAUGCCCUCCGCACAAAGAGUUUUUCAACUGCUCCAAUGCUGGCGCAGGACUGCUUGGAGUCCAGUGUGCAGCAUCUUGUUCCAAUCUGGAUAGCGAUGAUUGUGACUACGGUGAGUGUGAAUCCGGAUGUCAGUGUCCUCUCGGCCUUUUUGACGAUGGCAAAGGUUUCUGUGUGGAAAAAUCGGAGUGUCCAUGUCAGCAUAAUGGACAAAUCUAUGCCUCUGGAACGCAAAUUCCUCAGCAGUGCAACACGUGCACCUGCAAAAGCGGAAACUGGUUGUGCACAGAAGAAAAAUGCUCAGGAACUUGCAUUAUUUAUGGAAGUGGCCAUUUCAAUACAUUUGAUCAGCGAACAUAUGGCUUUCAAGGACACUGCAGCUAUGUUGCAGUCAAGAACAAAUGUGGCAAUAAAACAGCAGAGGACAACAUUGGAGUCAUCACAGAGAAUGUACCAUGUGGCUCUACAGGUACCACAUGCUCAAAAACUGUCAGAGUCCAGCUUGGGCGAAUGGAAAUCAAACUAGCAAAAGGAAAAUAUGAAGAGGUGGACCUGGGACAGGGAAGUCAGAUAAAAUACACAAUAAGAAAGGUUGGUAUGUAUCUGGUCAUAGAAUCUGCAAUUGGACUAGCAGUCAUGUGGGAUCGCAAAACAACUGUCCGCAUCCUCCUGGAACGUCAACACAGUGGAGACGUAUGUGGCCUGUGUGGAAAUUUUGAUGGCAAUGGACAAAAUGACUUCACCACUCAGGGCCAACUUUUAGUGAACACUGUGUUAGAAUUUGCCAACAGCUGGAAAACCUCCAGCAAUUGCCCAAAUGUGGACACAAACAGCGAUCCUUGUGUGGCAACACCAAACCGACAUAACUGGGCCAAAAUGAUGUGCAGCAUUAUAAACGGCGAAACAUUCAAAGAAUGUCACAAUAAGGUGGAUCCACAGCCAUAUUAUGAGAACUGUGUGAAAGACUCAUGUGCCUGUGACACCGGGGGAGACUGUGAAUGUUUUUGUACUGCAGUUGCAGCUUAUGCUCAGGCUUGCAAUGAGGCAGGCGAUUGUGUGGCAUGGAGAACACCAGAUAUCUGUCCUGCCUUCUGUGAUUAUUAUAACAACCCACAAGAAUGCAGAUGGCAUUACAACCCAUGUCAUCAACCUUGCUACAAGACCUGCUUGAAUCCAGAGGGAAUUUGUAGCAACCCCUUACCCCAACUGGAGGGUUGUUACCCCGUGUGCCCGGAAGAUAAGCCGGUAUUUGAUGAGGAACACCAGAUAUGUGUUGAGGAAUGUGAAGGUUGCUUUUACAAUGAGACAAGAUACGAUCCAUAUGAAGUUAUUUUCAAUGUGACUGACAAUUUAGGAAUGUGCUACUAUGCAAUAUGUAUAAAUACAACGGUUAUAUUUGGCAAUGAAACCUGCUCCACUGCAACUGUGCCUCCUACAACAACCUCUGCUACUGUGACUGAACCUUCUACUACAACUGAAGGACAAACUACCACAUACACAAAACCGACAAUCCCCCCAACAAUACCUCCAACUAUCUCUGAGACUCCAUUCGCCACAACAAAAUCCACAGUAUCAUCAUCAAGACCAACCACUACAACUGAAGGCCAAACAACCACAACUAUAUCUGAUACCACAAUUUCUACAACAUUUGAGGAACCUGUAACUGGAACAACAGAAAGCCAGUCUACUGACCAUGUUAUUAGCAACAUUACAACCACACCAUCCGGACAAUUGACAACCCCAACAUCAAGGCCCACCACAACAACUGAAGGUCCAACUACGACAACGAAAUCUACAACCACCACAACAGGACCCACCACAACAACUGAAGGUCCAACUACAACAACUAAAUCGACAACCACAACGGCCAGACCUACCACAACAACUGAAGGUCAAACUACAACAACUAAAUCAACAACCACAACAGCAGGACCCACCACAUCAACUGAAGGUCCAACUACUACAACUGAAUCGACAACCACAACCGCAGGACCCACCACAACAACUGAAAGUCCAACUACGACAACUAAAUCUACAACAACAGCAGGGCCCACCACAACAACUGAAGGUCCAACUACGACAACUAAAUCUACAACAACAACCGCAGGACCCACCACAACAACUGAAGGUCCAACUACGACAACUAAAUCGACAACCACAACCGCAGGACCCACCACAACAACAGAAGGUCCAACUACGACAACUAAAUCGACAACAACAACCGCGAGACCCAUCACAACCAAAGUUCCAACUACGACAACUAAAUCUACAACCACAACAGCAGGACCAACCACAACAACUGCAGGUCCAACAACUACAACUAAAUCGACAACCACAACAGCAGAACCUACCACAACAACUGAAGGUACAACUACGACAAUCAAAUCAACAACCACAACAGCAGGACCCACCACAACAACUGUAGGUCAAACUACAACAACUAAAUUGACUACUGCAACAGCAGGACCAACCACAACAACUGAAGGUCCAACUACUACAACUAAAUCGACAACCACAACGGCAGGACCCACCACAACAAUUGAAGGUCCAACAACUACAACUAAAUCGACAACCACAACAACAGGAUCCACCACAACAACUGAAGGUCCAACUAUGACAACAAAAUCAACAACCACAACAAAAGGAACCACCACAACAACUGAAGGUCCACCUACAACAACUAAAUCUACAACUACAACAGCAGGGCCCACCACAACCACUGAAGGUCCAACUACGACAAUCAAAUCAACAACCACAACAGCAGGACCCACCACAACAACUGAAGGUCCAACUACGACAACUAAAUCUACAACCACAACUGCAGGACCAACCACAACAACUGAAGGUCCAACAACUACAACUCAAUGGACAACCACAACCGCAGGACCCACCGCAACAACUGAAGGUCCAACUACGACAACUAAAUCAACAACCACAACCGCAGGACCCACCACAACAACUGAAGGACCAACUACGACAACUAAAUCGACAACCACAACCGCAGGAACCACCACAACAACUGAAGGUCCAACUAAAACAAGUAAAUCGACAACCACAACCGCAGGACCCACCACAACAACUGAAGGUUCAACUACUACAACUAAAUCAACAACCACUACGGCAGGGCCCACCACAACAACUGAAGGUCCAACUACAACAAUCAAAUCAACAACCACAACAGCAGGACCCACCACAACAACUGAAGGUCCAACUACGACAACUAAAUCUACAACAAAAACAGCAGGACCCACCACAACAACUGAAGGUCCAACUACGACAACUAAAUCGACAACCACAACCGCAGGACCCACCACAACAACUGAAGGUCCAACUACGACAACUAAAUCGACAACCACAACCGCAAGACCCACCACAACAACCGAAGGUCCACCAACUACAACUAAAUCAACAACCACAACAGCAGGACCCACCACAACCACUGAAGGUCCGACUACGACAACUAAAUCGACAACUACAACCGCAAGACCCACCACAACAACCAAAGGUCGAACUACGACAACUAAAUCUACAACCACAAUAGCAGAACCAACCACAACAACUGAAGGUCCAACAACUACAACUAAAUCUACAACCACAACCGCAGGACCCACCACAACAACUGAAAGUCCAACUACGACAACUAAAUCUACAACCACAACAGCAGGACCAACCACAACAACUGAAGGUCCAACAACUACAACUAAAUCUACAACCACAACAGUGGGACCCACCACAACAAGUGAAGGUCCAACUACUACAACUAAAUCGACAACCACGACCGCAGGACCCACCACAACAACUGAAGGUCCAACUACAACAACUAAAUCGACAACCACAACCGCAGGACCCACCACAACAACUGAAGGUCCAACUAAAACAACUAAAUCGACAACCACAACCGCAGGACCCACCACAACAACUGAAGGUUCAACUACUACAACUAAAUCAACAACCACUACGGCAGGGCCCAGCACAACAACUGAAGGUCCAACUACAACAACUAAAUCGACAACCACAAACGCAGGACCCACCACAACAACUGAAGGUCCAACUACGACAACUAAAUCGACAACCACAACCGCAAGGCCCACUACAACGACUGAAGGUCCAACUACAACAACUAAAUUGACAACCACAACCGCAGGACCCACCACAACAACCAAAGGUCCAACUACGACAACUAAAUCGACAACCACAACCGCAGGACCCACCACAACAACUGAAGGUCCAACUACGACAACUAAAUCGACAACCACAACCGCAAGACCCACCACAACAACCGAAGGUCCAACAACUACAACUAAAUCAACAACCACAACCGUAGGACCCACCACAACCACUGAAGGUCCGACUACGACAACUAAAUCGACAACUACAACCGCAAGACCCACCACAACAACCAAAGGUCCAACUACGACAACUAAAUCUACAACCCCAACAGCAGAACCAACCGCAACAACUGAAGGUCCAACAACUACAACUAAAUCUACAACCACAACCGCAGGACCCACCGCAACAACUGAAAGUCCAACUACUACAACUAAAUCGACAACCACAACAGCAGGACCCACCACAACAACCAAAGGUCCAACUACGACAACUAAAUCUACAACCACAACAGCAGGACCAACCACAACGCCUGAAGGUCCAACAACUACAACUAAAUCGACAACCACAACCGCAGGACCCACCACGACAAUUGAAGGUCCAACUACGACAACUAAAUCGACAACCACAACCGCAGGACCCACCACAACAACUGAAAGUCCAACUACGACAACUAAAUCGACAGCCACAACCGCAAGACCCACCACAACGACUGAAGGUCCAACUACGACAACUAAAUUGACAACCACAACCGCAGGACCCACCCCAACAACUGAAGGUCCAACUACAACAACUAAAUCGACAACCACAACCGCAAGACCCACCACAACAACUGAAGGUCCAACUACGACAACUAAAUCGACAACCACAACCGCAGGACCCACCACAACAACUGAAGGUCCAACUACUACUACUAAAUUGACAACCACAACAGCAGGACCCACCACAACAACUGAAGGUCCAACUACAACAACUAAAUCGACAACCACAACAGCAGGACCCACCACAACAACUGAAGGUCCAACUACUACUACUAAAUUGACAACCACAACAGCAGGACCCACCACAACGACUGAAGGUCCAACUACGACAAUUAAAUUGACAACCACAACCGCAGGACCCACCCCAACAACUGAAGGUUCAACUACUACAACAAAAUUAACAACUACUACGGCAAGACCCACUACAACCACUGAAGGUCCAACUACGACAAUCAAAUCAACAACCACAACAGCAGGACCCACCACAACAACUGAAGGUCCAACUACUACUACUAAAUUGACAACCACAACAGCAGGACCCACCACAACAACUGAAGGUCCAACUACAACAACUAAAUCGACAACCACAACAGCAGGACCCACCACAACAACCAAAGGUCAAACUACGACAACUAAAUCUACAACCACAACAGCAGGACCAACCACAACAACAGAAGGUCCAACAACUGCAACUAAAUUGACAACCACAACCGCAGGACCCACCACAACAACUGAAGGUCCAACUACGACAACUAAAUCGACAACCACAACCGCAGGACCCACCACAACAACUGAAGGUCCAACUACAACAACUAAGUCGACAACCAUAACCGCAGGACCCACCACAACAACUGAAGGUCCAACUAAAACAACUAAAUCGACAACCACAACCGCAGGACCCACCACAACAACUGAAGGUUCAACUACUACAACUAAAUCAACAACCACUACCGCAGGGCCCACCACAACCACUGAAGGUCCAACUACGACAAUCAAAUCAACAACCACAACCGCAGGACCCACCACAACAACUGAAGGUCCAACUACUACUACUAAAUCAACAACCACAACAGCAGGACCAACCACAACAACUGAAGGGCCGACAACUACAACUAAAUCGACAACCACAACGGCAGGACCCACCACAACAACUGAAGGUCCAACUACAACAACUAAAUCGACAACCACAAACGCAGGACCCACCACAACAACUGAAGGUCCAACUACAACAACUAAGGCAGGGCCCAGCACAACAACUGAAGGUCCAACCACGACAAUCAAAUCGACAACCACAACAGAAGGACCAACCACAACAACUGAAGGUCCAACAACAACAAUCAAAUCGACUACCACAACAGCAGGACCCACCACAACAACUGAAGGUCCAACUACGACAACUAAAUCAACAACCACUACGGCAGGGCCCACCACAACAACUGAAGGUCCAACCACGACAAUCAAAUCGACAACCACAACGGCAGGACCCACCACAACAACAGAAGGUCCAUCUACAACAACUGUUACUACUCCAGGUUCCACUACACAAUGCUUCUGUGUCAUAAAUGGCAAGCAUUAUGCACCAGGGGAAAUGAUCUUAGACAUGGAACACAUUGGAUCAGGAAUAUGUCUCACAAUGAUAUGCUCGGAUGUUUGUGAGAUCAAAAACAAGACUGAAGCUUGUUGGACUACACCCUUGCCAAAACCUACACCUUCUGUUCCUACAUGCCCUGACUGGGAAGUCACACAAAAUGAGACCUUCGUGUUGUGUAACUGCACCAUGGCGAGAUGCAUUGAAAACAACACAGUAGAAAUAAUUCCCUAUGAAUGUCCACCAUUAAAGAACAUCACCUGCGCCAAUGGAAAGAAACCUGUUCUUGUUUCUGAUAAGGACCACUGCUGCCACCAGUAUGUUUGCGACUGUGAAUGUAAAGGCUGGGGAGAUCCUCAUUACAUCACAUUUGAUGGACUAUACUACAACUAUCAAGGAAAUUGUACCUACGUCCUAAUGGAGGAGAUUACACCAAAACAUCAAUUAAAGAUUUUUGUUGAUAACAUCCACUGUGAUCCCACUAAACAAGUUACUUGCCCACGCUCAUUAAUUAUAUCCUAUAUAUCAGAAGUGAUCGUACUCAAGAGUCAAAAUCUUGUUGGAGCAACAGAACUGGAGGCAUUCCAAGAUGAAAAACGCUUACAACUCCCCUAUUUACAACAAGGAUUUAAGAUAUUUAACUCUGGCCUUUCUUUGGUAGUGGAGAUCAUGCCUUUGGGAGUUAUCAUUACUUUUGGAACAAGUGGCUUUACUGUCAGUCUACCUUAUGAAUAUUUUGGCAGCAACACACAGGGCCAAUGUGGUACAUGCAACAACAACAAAGCAGACGACUGCAUGUUGCCUGGGGGCCAGCUUGUGCAGAGCUGUAACGUAAUGGCUGACUUUUGGCCUGCAAAAGACAUUCACCAACCAAACUGCCAGAUACCACCUGUGCUCCCGACCAAUGCACCUGAGCCUCCGCCCACAUUGACUCCAUGCAACCCAGAAUCUGACUGUGAUCUGCUUAUGGGCAGUGUCUUUGAAGAGUGCCAUCCCUUCAUCGAUCCAGAGAAUUACUACCAAGGCUGUGUUUUUGACAGCUGCCAUGUGUCCAACCCAGCUAUAGAAUGCACGAGUUUGCAGAUCUAUGCUGCUGCCUGUGCUCAGGCUGGUGUAUGUCUGCACUGGAGGAAUGCCACCAGACAUUGUGGAAGUGACUGUCCACCCGACAAAGUCUACAAACCCUGUGGUCCUGUUGAACAGCCAACCUGUGAAGACAGUCCAACUGUACCAACGUUAGACUAUGUGACUGAAGGCUGCUUUUGUCCUGAGGGUACAAAGCUCUUCAACAAAGAAUCUGGCAUAUGUGUUGCUAAGUGCGGAUGUCUUGAUCCUGAGGGUAUUCCUCGUGAGUUUGAUGAAAGAUUUGAGUACAAAUGCCAAAACUGCAUCUGCGAAGAGACCACCAAGGCUAUAACGUGCAAGCCAAAGGUGUGCCCGCCAUCACUUGCAGCCAACUGCACAAGUCCAGGCUUCGUCGUCGUCAACGAAACCAAUCCAGCAGACCCUUGCUGUACUGCCGAAGUUUGCAGAUGUCUCAGCAGCACGUGCCCAGUCAUCGACAUGGUGUGUCCCAUUGGUUAUACUGUCAAUGUCGGUGUGCCUGUGGGAAAAUGCUGUCCAGAAUACACAUGCGCGCCGAAAAAUGUUUGCGUCCACAAAAAUGCUGAAUACCAGCCUGGUGAUACGGUUCCCGUGGUUCCGUGCCAGGAGUGUACCUGUACUAACAUUGUGGACCCCAAAUCUGGUUUAUUGUUAGUAAACUGCGAGUUACAGCAAUGUCAACAACAAUGUAAUCAGGGUUACAGAUAUGCUGCAGCCAAGACCAAUGAAUGCUGUGGAAGGUGCAUACAGACACACUGCCUCUUAAAUAUCCAUGGAAGUGAGCAGAUCGUGAGGCAAGGAGAUACGUGGUCCCCACCGGAUAAUAAGUGUGAGCAUUACACCUGUGUGGAAAAUAAUGGGACGUUAACAGCUGUCGCCACACACAUUGUGUGUCCACCAUUCCAGCAAAGUAACUGCCAACCUGAUACAAUACAAACUGCUGCAAAUGGCUGUUGUCAAACCUGUGUGGAGAGGGAGAAGGCCUGCAAGCCGGUGCAGACUAGAAAGCGUAUAGUACACAAGAACUGUCGAUCUUUGGAGGAGGUUAACAUUCCAUACUGUGAAGGCUUUUGCAACACGUACACCAGAUACUCAGAGGAGGCGUCCGCUGGGCAGCCGACCUGCUCCUGCUGUAAGGGCGCCCGACACAGCAAUCGCACGGUGGACUUGCUGUGUCUGAAUGGAGAUGUUGUUCCUUACUCCUACAUCCACGUGGAGGAGUGUAGUUGCACUCUGAGCGACUGCAGCAGACACGUGGGAGCUCCCGUCAGGAAGAGGAGAAGCUUUACUCUUUUUUAAAUUCAAAAUCACAUUUAUGGAUGCUCGGACAAAAAUGUCUCUCAUCACAAAGCUUAUAAAAAAGAUUUACUUGCAUUUCCUUGAAUAAAAGCCCAGCAACUCA